ACCGAAGGUGAGCAUUCGUUCCAGAUUCACGGAUCUUGCUCCAAUCACGACACGUUUUUCUCACCUAAUCACCGUACAGUUCGUGGAUUUUGAAAGCGCCCACCGAUCCGUCGGCAUUUCUUUCACGACCGAUCCCGACGAAAUGAGCCUCGCUUUGGAUCUGCAAAAUGGAAAUUUGAAACGAGACUGUUGGAAGAGGAAGGACUCUGAGAAAGAGGAUGAGAACGAAUUCAGGAACAAAAAGCAGAAGCCAUGGUUCGACAGUGACUCCGAUGAUGAUAGCUUCUACGAGAAAGUAACCGAGGGUGGAGCAUCUGAGGCAUCGACUCAUACUUGGGUUAGUAGCAGUAGCGAAAGUGAUAAUGUUUCCGUACAUGUUGAGUAUGAGGUUGCGUCGCUCUCAGAAAGUAAUAAUCCAUUUGCAGAAGGCACGUCGACAUCUGACCCAGAGGACAUUAUGUCAGCCAUUGAUAUAUUGGAUAAAAUGUGCGAAUCGGACAUAGGUUUAGCAGACGAUAGCAACGAUUCAAGAAGUUCUGUAGAUAGUGAAAUUGGAAAGGCAGAUUACUGGACGUGCAUUCAAUGCAAUGCCAGAAAUAAUAAUCCACUUUUCCGAUAUUGUGAGAAAUGCUAUCAGAUACGAAAAAACUUUUUCCCGCCAAGACCUAAGUGGAAGAGGAAGCGAUGUGAGGCAUCGUCAAAACCAAAUAGUCAAUUAACAUUGACUAGCAUGGACUCUGGCUUAGGCUUCAGUCAAGAAAGUAAACACUCUUUAGCUUUGGACCUCGACGUAGAACUUGGUAACAAUGAAAGUGACGAACAGAGACUGUCAUUGAAACUUAAGACUGACACCAAUAGUACAGAGGAGUCCAAUGCGGACAGAUUAUCUCUAGAAAAAGAAGAAAUAUUGAAAGAAUGCACACCUCCAACCGAGUCACAUUUGCCUGUAAAUAUUGUAAAAAAAGAAACAGUGAUAGAUUCAUUGACAAAAUGUGACUCCCUGGAAUUAGAUGCAGACAAGUUGUGCCAUAUUUGCACACUUGGUCCAAAAAAUGGUGCAUUAGUGCAUGGUAGCAUUGCACACAUUUGUUGCUGUUAUCGGUGUGCUAUUAAAGUGUGGAGAGGUACGAGACGGUGUCCCAUUUGCAACCGGAAAGUGACCAAUGUUUUUAAAGCUUUCUACAUAUAAGACAUGAUAUUUGCGUCUCGGUAACUUUAAUUUCUUCUGGUACAAAUUUUAUAACUUGCUGCUAGUCAUAAAUUUCUAUCAAUGGACUAUGAAAAUAUGCCAGCAGCAGAAGGACUUUUAGUUUCAUUAAAUUUGUAAUUAGUAGCGCCUUUCUAAGUCCCUAGAUAAGUAGUUUUGCAACAUGAAAUGCAUAGACCUCCUUCAAAACAAAGUAUAUUAUAUCUUAAACAAUGAUUUAGCGGAUGAAGUAUUUUUAGGAACAGCACUAUUAGAUAUUUCUGUUUUGCGGUGCACUAUGAAGGAAGUGCCUUUUUAACAUGCAAUAAUUUUAAGUACAACGAUCAGAAUGUAUUGAUCCACCUUAGUUAUAUUGUGAAACACCUUUUGACAAUUUUUUUUGUACAAGCAAUAAAUUCAAUACGAAGGACGUACCUAA